UCGCUGCUAAUUCUCUCUGCUCGUGCGAAUGUACACGUGAACGCACACAAACAAGAAUGACUGUGGCGCUGCUCCCAUGUAUUCUACUCCAACAAUGGCGAUACCUACUCGUCGCCGUUGCCCUUGCUCUCGUCUCCAUCCUCCUCUCCUGGUCAAGGAGGUCGAACAGAUACACGUCAGCCGGCCUGCACCUGCCGCCGGGUCUCCAGAAGCUCCCCCUCCUCGGCAACCUGCACCAGAUUGGCGCACUGCCACACCGGAGCCUGUGGGCGCUAGCGAGGCAGCAUGGCCCGGUAAUGCUGCUGCGCCUGGGCUCCGUGCCGACGGUGGUGGUGUCGUCGCCGGAGGCGGCGAGGGAGGUGAUGAGGACGCACGAUGCGCAUUGCUGCAGCCGGCCGGCCAUGCCGGGGGCGCGGCGGCUCACGUACGGGUUUAAGGACGUCGCCUUCGCCCCCUAUGGCGAUCAUGUUCGCGAGAUGCGCAGGCUAUUCAUCCUCGAGUUGCAGAGCAUGCGCCGCGUGAACGCUGCCUGGGACGCCAGGGAGGCCCAGGUUGACAAGCUUGUUGAAAACCUGACCCGUGCCGGGCCAAACCCGGUGAAGCUCGACGAGCACAUCUUCAGCGCCGUGGACGGCAUCAUCGGCACGGUGGUGUUCGGGAAAAUCUAUGGCACGGAGCAUUUCAAGAUGCAGUUCCUGGACAUGCUCAGUGAAGCGAUGGACAUGCUUGGCAGCUUCUCCGCCGAGGAUUUCUUCCCCAACGCUGCUGGACGCCUCAUCGACCGCCUGACGGGUCUCAUCUCCCGUCGUGAUAGGAUAUUCAGGAGGCUCGAUGACUUCUUUGAUGCAGUCAUCAAUCAGCACCUCAACCCCUCUUGCAACAAGCUUGAUGACAAAAACUGCAGAUCAGACCCAGUGCAAGCGCUCGUUGAGCUAUGGAAGGACAAGGGAAGUGUUGCUGUGCCUUUCACCCGUGACCAUGUGAAGGCUAUGCUCUUUGAUACCUUUGUCGGCGGAAUUAACACAAGCGCCGUUACCAUGGUGUGGGCGAUGUCAGAGAUGGUCCAACACCCGAGGGUGCUGAAGAAUGUACAGGACGAGAUCAGAGCUGUAGUAGGAAGGAAACAGAGGGCUUCGCGUGAUGAUGUGUCCAAGCUCAAGAAUCUGAAGAUGGUUGUGAAGGAGAUCCUCCGGCUGCACCCUCCUUUAACUCUGCUACUUCCAAGGGAGACCAUCCAGCAAGUUAAUAUCACAGGCUAUGAUGUUCCGGCAAAUACAAGAAUUAUAGUGAACGCAUGGGCAAUCAGCAGGGACCAUAACAUUUGGAAAGAUCCAGAGGAGUUCAAUCCUGAGAGGUUCAUAGGGUCAAAUAUAGACUUCAACGGUGCACAUUUCGAGUUCAUUCCAUUCGGCUCAGGUCGCCGGAUUUGCCCUGGGAUGGCCAUGGCUGUGAGUAACAUGGAGUUCACAUUGGCCAACCUGCUAUACUGUUUUGAUUGGGAACUCCCUGAGGGUGUGGCGAAGGAGGACAUAAGCAUGCAGGAGGCAGGGAGCCUAGCGUUCCAAAAGAAGGCACCGCUCAUGUUGGUGCCAAGGAGGUACGAGACUAGUUAUUGAACGAAUGCACAACCAACAAAGGUAAAACUUACGAGGUUUGGUUGUCAUUGUCUUUGUAUCGAAGGAAUUUAAUAUUAAGUCCUAUAUAACUUUAUUGUAUGUCAAAAUAUUGUAUGUGUAAUUUUUCUGUUUGUUGUUUUUUUGCUGAAUUAUAUAAUUAAAAAAGAACAAGAAGUUUUGCAUC